AACGGCAACUUCAGGGAAUUGUCUCACUCCAUCUCACUCCUGUGGAAAUAACCUUGUUACACUGAUUACACCAUUAUAUACUUACGAACUGUGAAUUUACAAAUUUACACGGCGAACAAACUGUGGGUAAUAAAAUAUAUAGAACCGAGAUGCAUAUUAAACCGGUGAAUUGCACACCAUAAAAAUUGCAAUAGACAGAAUUAUAAUUUCAUUCUCAGUUCAGUAAAGAUAAGUAUUUAUACAAAGUACCAUAACUAUGGAAUGUGGACAUUAUAAUAGUUUGUACUUUUCUACACAUCGCUAAAUACCAUUUAGUUCAGUGAUGAACCUAACUUAACAUGAGGUGAAACUGGAUAUUAGCAGUAAGCAAUAAUAAGUAUAAAGGUAAUACGAAAUGGAAGCCCAAGAAAACGAGCAGUUCGUCUCAUUUCCAUUGUCAGACGUUCAUGAUGGUAUGCAAGAUAAUAUUAUAUCUCACGAGGAGAUUUGUGAGCCUAUGGAUGAAUGUGAUCUCCAAGAAGGUUACACAGAAGUAACUGUUACAGAUGUUGACUCCAACAUUACAGAGGGACAAGUCGCUGUUGAGAUUUUAUCAAAACAAUCAGAUGAGGAAGAUGACAAUCGUGUUGUUUAUCCGAUAUACAUUAAGGAAGAAGAACCACAGCAAUAUACGUCUGGAGAUGACGAGUCCAUGGCUGUUGAAGCAUUAAGACAACUGGGGGGCAUGUAUCCUUGUUUUGAAGAUAAAAAAGUAGCUUGUACAACUUGUACAAAUCACUUUACACAGACAGAGUUAGCAGAACAUCAUGAAACUUGCGCGGACACUAAAUUAUCGUGCAUUACUUGCGGCGAGAGAUUUGAAAGAAAGAUCGAUUUAAAUAACCAUAUAGUUUGCCAUCAGGUAGAUCGUCCACAUGCCUGUCGGACUUGUGGUAAUUUAUUUCGUUCCAAAAGCAAUUUGAGAUGCCAUAUGUUGCAAGUUCACCAGGUGGAAAGACCUCAUAAAUGUAACAUAUGCGGAGCUGAUUUUCAGAGGCCAUCUAGCUUAAGUAAUCACAUGAAAAUUCAUACCUAUGUCGCUGGCCGUGCAAUUAUGCACACUCAGGGUGUUAAUGAGUCGCAGUCAGAAGAAACAUUUAAAAAGUGGCCUGAGAAUAUAACAGAAUCUCAAAACAGUGGAACUGUGGAAAGUUAUGAUGCAGUGCAAUGGACGGUACCGUCCUAUAACUUUCCUAAUGAGCAAACUACUAUUAAUGCAAUAUCUGAUACGGAAGAGAAAAUAGACACGUUAUCCGAGUUUACCGUAAUGCCAAAUGGAGAGGUCACUCAAUUUGAAUAUAGCCAACAAAAUAAUAUAAGCAAUCAGCAAUACACUCUGUCAUUAAACUCGUUCAAUAAUGCCGAUACAAUGGUGAAAGUUAAACCUCUGUCAUAUAACAGCGAAGUCGAGGCAAAUGAUUCGAAACGGCAUACUUGCAAACAUUGCGGUGUUAGUUUUUCUCGUGCAACAGCACUCGUUUCUCACGAAAAGAUUCACGCGUUUAAGAAUUGGAACAUGCCGAUUGAGUGCGAGUACUGUGACAAGCAGUUUCAAGAUGCGAAUCAUUUAGCAACACACCAAACAACCUGUGGCAAAAAAUUAAUGCAGCAUGGUAAUGCGGAACAAGGCAUGGCGAACAAUAAAUGGUGCAAGCAUGCCUGUUCCGAAUGUGGUAAAAAAUUUACUACUAAACAAAAAAUGUUCCGACACCAAUGGAUCCAUCGGAAGAAGACACAUUCCUGCGAGGUAUGUGGAUCUCAAUUUGAAAAGCAAAACGAAUUAGAUGAGCACAGAUUAUCGGCUCAUCCCGGGGAUUCGCCGUUUACUUGUACGGAAUGCGGUAAAAGUUUCGUGUCGCGUCAGGGACUUUGGGAACAUGGAAGAACGCACGCCGGCAGUCCUGCACACUUCCAUUGCGACACGUGCUCGAAAACGUUUUCAUCACGGCAGGGCUAUUUAAUACAUCACAGGACCCAUACAGGAGAGAGACCAUACGGCUGCAAAUUCUGCUGGAAGGCGUUUAGAGAUGGUGGAACGUUAAGAAAGCACGAAAGAAUUCAUACAGGAGAGAGGCCCCAUGUCUGUCCUCUCUGUUCACGGGCGUUUAAUCAAAAGGUUGUUUUAAGGGAACACGUCCGGUGGGUUCACGCAGCGGGAAAGAAUGAUACAGAAAUAACUGGCCCGCCUUUCCCCUGCUCUCUAUGCGGUGCAUUGAAUCAGGAUCGGGACGAAUUAUGUGCACAUAUUGUCAAGCAUUCUGAUCAAAUGAUCGCGGAGGCGAAAGCUAAAACGAUUAACAAUGCCACGAAGCCGAAGACGAAAAAACUAAAAACAUGUACGAACGCCCAAGCAGAAAAUAAUGUAACUUCAGGAGAAAACUCUAUUGCAGAAAGUGAAAGAUCGGAUGAUAUACGGAACGAUACUUUCCUUGUAGUCACCACCGAAAAGCGUGCACUUGAUAUUACGACUCAUAAUGAAAUAACAACGAUGCAUUUAAUACAAACUUCAAAGCAACCAAACACUUUCCAUCUGAUAUCGAAGCAGAACGACUCGUUGCCUGUUUUAACGUUACCGAAUCCUCAGGGCCACGAUGAGUUUUCAAGUCAAAUUGCACAAAUAAGUAAUAACGAUUUAUCUAUGGACAUAGUAAACACUAAGUUAAAAAGAGAUGUGAAAGAUGAGACGGAGGAGCAGUCGUUAGUCGAGGAGGGGCCGUCCCAGACGGUAAUCCAAGUGUUACACUAUAAUGAAGAGGACAGUGAUAAUGAGGAUUUAGUCUGUGGUAUUUGCGGGGAGGAAUUUAAGGAUAAAAAAAUAUUGAUGGAGCAUGUAAAAAUACAUAUUUAGUAAUUAUUAUUGAUGUUACUACUUACUGUAAAGAUAGUGAAAGCAAACAUGUCUCAUGUUUCUAAGAGAAAAAGGUAUGCUGCAAUAUAACUCUGUUAAAUAUUAUUUCUAAUUAUAGUAAAAUAAGAUUUUCUAUGUGUCUUACAAAUGCACCGAUACUAAAAAAAUUGUUUUCUUUGUAUUCAGAUUAUGUUUUGGUAGAUAUUUUUAAUUAUUUUUUUAUUUCUCUGUCAUGUUAUCGGGUUUAAAUUGCGGCGAUUUAUGGUGUACAUCUUAUAGAAUAAAAUGUAGGUAAAAAUUUAUAAGUUAAAGUUAUGUAAACCACAUUAUUUGGUUUGAAGAAACAUAUCGCAAAGAACAAGUAAACCUGAAGAUUCAAUAUGAUUCGUUCAAAUUAUUUAACUUUCGUAAUAUAAAAGUUUAUUUAUAAUUUAACAAUAGCGACCGAACUAAAUGAUUUAAGAUAUAAAAUGUGAAAUGCAAUAAAGAAAUAAAGUACAUUUUAUUUUCUACAACA